CAAGUAAACCAGGGAAACACACCUACUCCACCGCUUAGUAAGCCUUCUCUAGUCUGGUAACGCUCUCGUUGUCAAAUAGGCAAACAUUUCACUCAAACAUCUUUCGCGAAAUAAAAGAUAACGAAAAAAUGCGUAUAUAUCAAAAAGCGGUUUAAAUUUAGUGCUAAACAGUUGAAGAAAGUGAUGUUAAAGUUGUGUAAAUUGUUGAAGUUCUCAUAACAGUUUUCUGUGAUUCGAAAUAGACGACGAACGAGUCUCACAAAAUACCGAUCAGGAGCAGAAGUGUUUCGGGUAAUGGCGGUCUUUAUUUCGAUACUCGCAGAUUUGUAUGCGGAUUUUGAAGUUUCUGCUUUGCCGAACAACUUAUAUUUGGGAACAAUUUAUUUAACUCAAGAUGGACGUUGAUUCGUCAUGCGUUUCAACCCAAGUAAGUGGCAGCGAACUCUUCGAAUAUUCGCACAUGGUUGUCCCAUCCACAAUGAGAAGCCCCUACUGGCGAUAUUUUGGAUUCCCCUGCGACAACUACAACAACAUAGUUACAAAGAAAAAAAUAAUAUGCACUUUGUGUAGCACGGCCAUAUCAUACAAUAAGAACACAACGAAUCUUCGGACACACUUAGUAGCGAAACAUCCUGAUGCUCUGUACCAGCUAAAUGAUCGGAAAAGAACGAAAACAGAUGACAAAAAUCCGGAUAGUAGCGAAGAUUGCAAAAUGAAAAUUAGAAACAUUAAGGCUAUAUCAGAGAAGGAAUUCCAUGAGCUGAAUGCUGAUGAGGAGCAGACAAAAAUUAAUGAGCAAACUGCAAUCAUCGAAGCUUUAGUUGAAAAUGACAUACUUGAAAAUGACUCGGAAAAGAUUAGUGAACGGAAUGAUUAUCAGGAGUUCAGUUCCUCAUUGGAUCCUCAGACGUACCAAGUGGAAGAGAUCGACGAGUCGGCCGCACCAACUCAGGAAAUUAUUAACGAAUCGUUGACAGACAUGCUCACCAGAGAUUUAUUGCCACCGUCAAUAGUGGAAGGCCAAGGCUUCACCAACUUUAUUUUUACUAUUUCUCCCAACAUUGUACUGCCAAACAGAAAACGGAUCGAAAAUCAACUGAGAAACUCAUAUCAAACAACUUUCAACAGCCACCUCGAAACAAUUAAGUCGCACGCGAACAAAAAUUCAUUCUCAUUGGGGUUUGAAGUUUGGACCAAUGUGGAGCAAAUGCAAUUCCUAAAUGUCUAUAUUAAUUUCAUUUCACAACAGCAAAAUGAGCAACGAUUGAAGCAGUUUCUGUUUAAGACUGUUUGCAUAUCUGAUAGUAUAAAUUUAGAUAUUUUCGAAGGCAUAAAUAUGACGAAAUGCUCGGGGGCCGUUACUAACUAUGAAGAGGAUAUCAUAAAUAAUUUUUGCACUGCGCAUGGAAUUCCCACUGUCCCGUGCUUUGCAACAGUGAUACAGGAGUGUCUUCAAUUAGCCUUUAAAAUGCCGCAUGUUGAAUGCGUUUAUGAAGAAGUGCAGAAGUACCUGAAAGCAAAUGAGCCUACAACCUGUCAAGAUGACUCAACCAUUCCACAAUUACAUGAAAAAUUUGCCUUAACGAAAUUGAACCUGUUAACCUACUUUUAUGACAAAUAUUCCAACUCAUACUCUUCAUGGACCGAAGAAGCCAGCGAACUUCUUGACAAAACAAAGGAAAUAAUCUGUUGCCUGUCUCCAUUAAAGGUAACACUUGAAACCUUAUCUGACGAACCAGUGGCCUUAUGUUCACUACUGAAACCGCUGACUACAAAGCUUUUGAACGAAUAUUUCUGCCUUUAUGACGAGGACUCCACAAUUGUUGCUACGUUGAAAGAAACCGUUAGCCGGAAAUUAAUUAAUUGCAUUCACAAAACAUUCCUCAUGGAAGCAACUUUCUUUGACCCGCGGUUUCUCAACUAUACUUACACCGACAACUUCCAAAUGAUCAAGGAUAUUAUCAGCUCCAAGCUACAAAAAGCCAAAGAUGAGACUAACGGUAGUGAUAAGAGCGAGGGCGACAAGCAGAGCAUACGAAGAUCAAGUUUGAAAAUGUUUUUCCAAAGCAACGAAUUGAAACACAACUCAAAAGUCGUGAAAACCACGUCCGAGCUGGAAAUUCAGAAGUAUAUGAACGAACUGUGCGAUAUGGAGCAAUGUCCGCUAACCUGGUGGCACGAGUGCGGCUACGUCUACCGGAACCUGAAAGCAAUUGCACAAAACUACCUUUGCAUACCUGCCACUGUGAAUAAUAAUUUUAAGCGAAGCAUAACAGAACAAAUCGAUUUUUAUAAUAAGCAACAAAUGAUUAAAAGUGAUUGCGAGCGAAAUUUGUUAUUUUUACAUUUUAAUAAAAUGCAUGACACGUGAA